GGGCGCAGAGCAGAGAUGUCUAGACUCGGGGGUACCCUGCUGUACCUGCUACUGGCUGCGGCUGUCCCCACGGCACCCGCGCCAGCUCCAACUACUACCUCGGCUCCUGGCGAUUCUGGUCCGGCUUUCAGCUACCCUCAGGAGGAGGCCACCCUCAACGAGAUGUUCCGUGAGGUGGAGGAACUGAUGGAGGACACGCAGCACAAGCUGCGCAGCGCGGUGGAGGAGAUGGAAGCAGAAGAAGCUGUUGAUAAAACAUCAUCAGAAGUCAAACUGGAAAAUUUACCCCUAAUCUACCACAACGAGACCAACACAGAUACCAAGGUUGGAACUGAUACCAUCCACGUGCACCGAGAAAUUCACAAGGUGACCAAUAAUCAGACUGGACAAACAGUCUUUUCAGAGACAGUUAUUACAUCUAUGGGAAAUGAAGACAGCAAGAGGAACCACGAGUGCAUCAUUGACGAGGACUGUGGGACGCGCAGAUACUGCCAGUUUGCCAGCUUUGAGUACACCUGCCAGCCGUGCCGGGACCAGCAGACACCCUGCACCCGGGACAGUGAGUGCUGUGGAGACCAGCUCUGCGUCUGGGGUCAGUGCUCCGAAACAGUCACCAGAGGUGGCAAUGGAACCAUCUGUGACAACCAGAAGGACUGCCAGCCAGGGCUCUGCUGUGCCUUCCAGAAAGGCCUGCUGUUUCCUGUGUGCACGCCCCUGCCCAUGGAGGACGAGCUCUGCCACGACCCUGCCAGCCGGCUUCUGGACCUCAUCACCUGGGAGCUGGAGCCUGAUGGGGCAUUGGACCGUUGCCCAUGUGCCAGUGGGCUCCUCUGUCAGCCCCACAGCCACAGCCUUGUGUACGUGUGUAAGCCAGCCUUUGGUGGGAGCAGCGAUGAAGUCAGAGAGAGUCUGCUACCCAGGGGGGCCUCGGAUGAGUACGAAGAUGGAGGAUUCAUUGCGGAAGUGCGCAAGGAGCUGGAGAGCCUGGAGAGGAACCUGUCUGAGGAAAUGGCACCCAGAGGGCAUGAGGUAGCCUCUGAGCUGCUGGAUGGAGAAGAGAUUUAG